AUGGCCACUGUUGUUCAACAGAGCUCACAAUUUGAAUUAAACUCCAGUAAUAGAUAUAGUCAAACAUCUUCAGAUUAUCCAUCUUCAUUAAAUGUAGAUAAAGUAGUUCAAUCUGUCACAAAUGCUACUAAAAGAUUAUCACAAAUUUCAACAAAUACAAAUUCUUCAUCUAAAAAACGUAAAUCUCAAAAUAAAAUAGGUCCAUGGAAAUUAGGUAGAACUUUAGGUAGAGGAUCAACUGGAAGGGUUCGAUUAGCUAAAAAUAUAAAUACUGGACAAUUAGCUGCUGUUAAAAUUGUCCCCAAAUCAAAUUUUAAAAAAUUGGAAAAUCCUAAAUAUAAACGACCUAAAGAUGAUUUAAAUUCAGAUGAUGUUGCAAAUAGAUUACCAUAUGGAAUUGAAAGAGAAAUUAUAAUCAUGAAAUUAAUUUCUCAUCCUAAUAUUAUGGGUUUAUAUGAUGUUUGGGAAAAUAAAAAUGAUUUAUAUUUAAUUCUUGAAUAUAUUGAAGGUGGAGAAUUAUUUGAUUAUUUAAUAAAAAAGGGGAAAUUACAUGAAAGUGAAGCACUCAACUAUUUUAAGCAGAUAUUAAAUGGUAUAAAUUAUCUUCAUCAAUUUAAUAUUUGUCAUCGUGAUUUAAAACCAGAGAAUUUAUUACUUGAUUUCAAUAAAAAUAUUAAAAUUGCUGAUUUUGGAAUGGCUGCUUUAGAAGUUAAAGAAAAAUUAUUAGAAACUUCAUGUGGUUCACCUCAUUAUGCAAGUCCAGAAAUAGUAGCAGGUAAGAAUUAUCAUGGUGCACCUUCUGAUAUUUGGUCAUGUGGAAUUAUUUUAUUUGCAUUAUUGACUGGUCACUUACCUUUUGAUGAUGAAAAUAUAAGAAAAUUGUUAUUAAAAGUUCAAAGUGGUAAAUUUUCAAUGCCUCAUGAUUUAAGUUGGGAAGCAAAAGAUUUAAUUAUGAAAAUGUUAAAAGUUAAUCCAAAUGACAGAAUUACAAUGGAUGCCAUUUUAACUCAUCCUUUAAUGAUGAAAUAUCCGGAACCAUUGAUUUCAUUUGAUCAAACAACAACAUUGGAUAUCAAAAAAUUAGAUUUUAAUCCAAUAAAAUCGGCUGAAUUAAUUGAUAAAGAAAUAUUGAAAAAUUUAUCAGUAUUAUUUCAUAAUUGUGAUGAAAAGACACUAAUUUCAAGACUAUUAUCAACUUCUAAAUGUCCCGAAAAGAUGUUUUAUUAUUUAUUAAUGAAGUAUAGAAAUGAACAUUUAACACAAUCAGAAUCAAAUGAGAGUCUUAAAAAUUUAGAAAAUAAGACAUCUAUUCCUAGAUCUACUUCAAUUGUAAAAACAACAAUAACGGAUAAUAUAACAGGAGAAACUUUUCAAGAAAUCACCACAUUUGAAAAAAUUCAUCAAUCAUCUUCAAUAUAUUCUAAUAAAUCAUUAAUUAGAUCAAAAUCAAAUACACCACCAGGAGUCUUAUCUAAUAUAACAAACAAAAAUCAUAAUAAACAAUUUAAAGCAUCAACUUCAUUUAAAAAAUCAAAAUUAUAUAAUAAAUCAAGAAACGGAAGUUCAAAAUCUUUAAAAUCAUCAAAUUCAUCAAAUAAUAAAAUAAAUACAACUCCAAUGAAAUCAAAACCAAUACUAAAUCCACCACAAUUAUCACAAUCAAAAUCUACAAAUUUUGAACUGAUGUUUGAUCAAGUAUUCAAUGAGAAUAAAGAAAAUUCAAAACCACAAAGAACUGCUUCUCAAAGAAAGCGAGAAAAUGCCUUAGCUAGAAAAGAAAGAGAAUUGGCACAACAAGUACGUGAAAGAAAUGAAAUUAGAGAAGCAAGAAUUAAAGAAGAAGAAGAGGCAAGAAUAGCAUUAGAUAAAGAAAAGAAAAGAAUUGAAGAAAAACGGUUAAAAUUAACACAAGAAGAAGCUCAACUUAAAGAGAAUCAAAGAAUAGCAAUUGAGAAAUUGAAGAAAAGACAAAGCACAAAUGAUUUUGAAGAAUUAGCAAGUAGUAACAGAUCAUUUACUGAACCUUCUCCAUCACCUAUUAGUUCAUUAGAUCCAAGAACGUCAUUAUUAAGGGCACGAACAUUAGGAGCUCCUCUAAAACAUAACUCAAACCAAUCAAUAAAUGAUAAUACAUCUAAGGUGUUACAUAAAUUAGGUAUAGAAGUACAAUCACAAUCACAACGACAGCCUAAAAAGACAUUCACAAGGGAAUUUAAAACAUCAAGUUCGAAAAAUUUAUCAACUUUAUUACCUUCAUCUCCUUCAGUAAUCAAAACAUCAAGUUCAAAAAACUUAUCUGAAUAUUUGGAAAAAUCAGAUCAUGCAAAUAAAAGAUUAAGUAUUGAUCAAUAUAAUGAAAUUGAAAAAAAUCCAUUAAAUUCAAUUUCAAAAAAUUCAUUAAAUAAAAGACAUAGUGAUCAAUCUUCAUAUUAUAAAUCAAUGUUGAAUAAUAUAGAUGAAAACAAGAUACAGACCAAGAAUACACCUGUCAAAUUACCAUCAGCGGAAGAAGAAGAUUAUAAUACUUCCAAUAUUUCACUUAUUCCUAAUCCAAGGUUUUCUAGAUUUUCAUUUGGUGGGUUAUUAACUAAAUCAAACACAAUAGCAAAUGAAGAUGGAGACAUUACGAUCCUAAACCAAUUGAACAAUUCAAACACAGUAGUCAGAAUAUCAGAGAAACUGAAUCAAUUUUUUGGAUUAGGUAUAAAAGUAAGAGAUCAACCACAAAGUAAAAUAGAAGAAGAAUCAUAUCCAAAUUAUGAAUUUGAAGAUUUUCAAUCUGAUUCAACUGAUGAUACAGAAUAUAGUGAAGAAAUGCCUACAAACCAUCACGAUAUGUCAAAUUUUGAAGUGAUAUCAUCUAGAACAGCAGAGAUAGGAAAAUUAAACACUCAAAUUCCAAAUAUAGUAGAUUCAAAGGAUACAUUAACUAAAUCAAUAAGUAAAGAAACACUCGUCAAAGAGGAAGAUGAUAGAUCAUCAUUUGGGGCUAAUAUUCAAGAUGAUGAUAAUUGUUCAAUUGCGGAAGAAUCAAUAGCAAAUGGAUAUGAAGAACAACAAGGUAGUUUAAAGAAAAGUAGACAUUCAACAGGAAUAUUCUCAACUGCUCAAAUUCCAAGAUCUCCAAGAGUAACAUCAAUCAAACAAGAGAAAAAAGAACAACCACAAGAAAAUCAAAAGAAAAAGGUCUCUAUCACUGAGGAUCAUAUUAUAAGUAGUCCCAUCAUAGAUUCACCGAAUUUAUUUAGAAGAUUUUCCUUAAAUCCAAAAAGACAAGCUCCUGAAAUUCCAAGACCUCCAUUACCAGAACUAGAAUCAACAAAAGGACAUAAUAGAUUUUCAAGAACAAGUGGGAAAUCUGAAACACAUAAGUCAAAUUGGUUUAAGAAAUUUUUUCAAAGUUUAUCGACCCCGAAAAGUAAAAACACAAAUAGUAAAGAUGUGAGAAUCAUAGAGAGUAAACUUACGAGUGCUGAAUUAAUCAGAAUAAUUAAGAAUCAAUUAGAGUUGAAAAAAAUAGAGGGAACAAUUUCAAAAAUGGAAAUUGAUGAUGAAUUUGGAUUGAUUUCAGGUACUAUUCCUUCUAAGUUUUCUAAAUUGAAGUUUAGGAUUGAAGUUAUUGAUUUGAUUCAUUCUUCACUGUUGCAUGUUAUUAAAAUAAAAGGGAGUGAGAAGAGUUUUGGUGGGUUUGUUAAUAUUGUUUCUUAUAUAAUUAAACAAGAGGAAAAGAAUAAGAAUAAAAACUAG